GUUCCAGGUGCCGCCAUUCCCUUCUGCUGAGCCAUAUAUACCUUGCCUUGCUGCUCGCGGCCCCGUUGGCUGGAUAGUGGUGUUGUGUGAGCUGAAGAAGAAGAUUGUGAGUGUGCUCCUUCCUUCCUGUGUUGCUAUGUCCAUGGCGGCAGCGGCGCCGUACGCGCAGGUGAUGGAGGAGAUGCUCAAGGGGCGGGAGCUCGCUGCGCGGCUGCAGUGUCUCCUCCGGGACUCGCCCAAGGCCGGCCUCGCCGACCAGGUCCUCCACGCCAUCUCCCGCGCCAUCGGCGCCACCAGGGCCGCCGCCAGCCAGGAGGGGUCCGAGGCGCAGACCGAGGUCGCUUGCGCCGGCGGAGUCGGCGGCAAGAGGAAGGCCGCCUCUGGCGGCGGAGGGGAGCGCAGGGGUGGCUGCCGGAGAAGAACCCAGCAAUCAUCCGUUGUCACGCUGACCAUGAAGGAUGUGGAGGAUGGACACUCCUGGCGCAAGUACGGGCAGAAGGAGAUACAUAACUCCAAGCACCCAAAGGCCUACUUCCGGUGCUCCCACAAAUACGACCAGCAGUGCGCGGCGCAGCGGCAUGUGCAGCGCUGCGACGAGGCCCCGGACACCUACAGGGUCACCUACAUCGGCGUGCACACCUGCCAGGACCCCGCCGCCGUCGCGCCGAUCGUCGUCCACCACACCACCGCCGCCGACGGCCUCCACGCCGGCUCCCGCCUCAUCAGCUUCGCGCCCACCGCCAGCGCCACCGGGACAACCAGCACGACCACGACGGCGACCGCCAACACCAACAACCAAGGCGAUCAGAAGGACGCCGUGCUGCCGGUGUCCGUCUCGGGCCUGAAGCUGGAGGGCGGCGACCAGGAGGAGGUGCUGAGCAGCCUGACCCCGGCCGGGAGCUCGGCGGCCGCGGAGGCAAUGCGGAACGCCGCGGCGACACCCGGGCCGGACCAGGGGGACGUGACGUCCAGCCUGCAGCACUGCUACGAUGGUGCCGUCGGCAUGGCCUAUACGAUGAAUGAUGAUGUGUUCGAUCUUGACGACAUUGUGUUCGGUUUUGAUCACGGGCAGGGUGAUUAUUGAGCGAUCGAUGGAGCUGUGGAUUGGAGAAGGUGGUGGAGGAUUGGUUGAUGGAUCGGCGCGCAUGUAUAUGGAAAUAAUGGCUGCGCCGACCUUUGAUCCUCUUUAGAUGCAAUACCUAGUUUAGUUUGUAGAUUCUAAGAAGUAGAUGCUGAAGUUUGCUGGCUUCAGGUCGUGUAUAUUAUAUGUUAGACUUAUUUAGCUACGAGCGCAACAAUGUUUGUCUGAACACUUGCUCAACAACAUGGUGUACUGUUUUUCCAAAAGAACCUAUUUGGUAGAAACGUUCUCACUUGUGAUUACAA